AUGAAUUGUCAGUACUCAGUUUUUUAUCAAUUGGGUGUUUUCCUUUCACGUUCAUCAGUAGCUCUCUUUCGAAUUAAUCGACUUUGGAUUUUACCGAUUAUUCAAUUUGGUAAUAUGGGUAUAUUUUUUGCUUGUGUCUAUCGCACGGCUCAUAUACCGAGUAUAUGGUUAGUUUUUGGUUUAGUCGUAUUUGAAGGUUUAAUUGGUGGUGGAGCUUAUGUCAAUACAUUUUACAAGAUAUCAAUUGAAAUUCCUGAACCUGAUCGUGAAUUUUCAAUGGGUGUUGCAUCUAUUGGUGAUUCAUUUGGAAUUACAUUUGCAGGUUUAUUAGCCAUUCCACUUCAUAAUGCAAUAUGUCAAUAA